AUGUCUCCUGAUCUCAACUCUUUGCCACCAUCUCGCUCUUCUUCCAUCUCUUCCUCGAUCCCAUACCGCAACAUGCCUUCCAUCUCACCAAGUGCCCUGCCCACGGCGACCGCCACAUCCCCCAGACCCUCCCAAGGAUCGAGCAUAGGCCGUUUAUCGGUAUCCGAGCGCCGUCGCUCAGCUGCCGGAGGUAAUCUCAACCUGAGUGAGAUGCCGGCCAAUAACGGUGAUACUGUCUCGUCAGACCACCGCAGCUCUAUCGGACAUGCAUUCCGCACAACCAGCCCCUCUAGCCAUGGGAGUAGUCCUGUUUUUGCAACAGCUGAUCCCCACCAUCAACGGGCGCCAUCGCUGGGGGAGCUACACCAGGAGUUGGAACAAGAGCAAGAAGCACAAGUGAACCGUCUCUUGCAGAUGAUCCGCAGUCAGCAGGCCCAGCUGCAGCAAUACCAGCAGCAGAACCCACAGCAAUCAAUCGCGCAGUCAACGGCUAUCGAUGAUACACCGUCAUCGGAACGGUCGGCAUUCCUGCCUCCAACACACGCACCCACCGGUCCAGCCGGAAAUAGACUAUCAAUCUCUUCGUCAUUUUCCAACCGCCGUCCCUCUCGGCCGUCCAGUCAAACAGCCUCGCCCAAUCUGCGACCACUCGAUACCGGUGUGGAGGCAUUCCCGGGGUUCAGUCCAUCUCGGCGGGGAAGCCGGGACGAAAGUGCGUUUUACCAAGCCGAAGCUAGCUCACUUGGCCGAGAAAACAUUCUCCUCCGACAACGAAUUCGGGAACUAGAAAGACAAAUUGGUGAAAUGUCAACUUCCGGGGCAUCAACGAGAUCUGGUGUUGUCGGGCAAGCGGGCCCCGAGGCCAGGGACCCACCUGCUGUGGGAUCAGCAGACGGUAAAGACUGA